GCCAAAUGCUCCUCUUCGGGCUUCUCCUGCUGACAUCUGCCCUGGCCGGCCAGAGACACGGGACUCAGGCUGAGUCCAACCUCAGUAGUAAAUUCCAGUUCUCCAGCAACAAGGAACAGAACGGGAGGAACUAUACCCAAGCAUCUGGACUGGCAUAGAAAAGAGGAGAAAGAACAUUUAAAAGGAGUACAAGAUCCCCAGCAUGAGAGAAUUAUUACUGUGUCUACUAAUGGAAGUAUUCACAGCCCAAGGUUUCCUCAUACUUAUCCAAGAAAUAUGGACUUGGUGUGGAGAUUAGUAGCAGUAGAGGAAAAUGUAUGGAUACAACUUACCUUUGAUGAAAGAUUUGGGCUUGAAGACCCAGAAGAUGACAUAUGCAAGUAUGAUUUUGUAGAAGUUGAGGAACCCAGUGAUGGAACGAUAUUAGGGCGCUGGUGUGGUUCUGGCACUGUGCCAGGAAAACAGAUUUCUAAAGGAAAUCAAAUCAGGAUAAGAUUUGUUUCUGAUGAAUAUUUUCCUUCUGAACCGGGGUUCUGCAUCCACUACAACAUUGUCAUGCCAAACUAUCCAUGGACUUCAUUGACUGACUUCACACUCUGGAAGCAAUUCACAGAAGCUGUGAGUCCUUCAGCGUUACCCCCUUCAGCUUUGCCACUGGACCUGCUUAAUAACGCUGUCACUGCCUUUAGUACCUUGGAAGAUCUUAUUCGGUAUCUUGAACCAGAUAGAUGGCAGUUGGACUUAGAAGAUCUAUAUAGGCCAACUUGGCAACUUCUUGGCAAGGCUUUUGUAUUUGGAAGAAAAUCCAGAGUGGUGGAUCUGAACCUUCUGAAAGAGGAGGUAAGAUUAUACAGCUGCACACCUCGUAACUUCUCGGUGUCCAUAAGGGAAGAACUAAAGAGAACCGAUACCAUUUUCUGGCCAGGUUGUCUCCUGGUUAAACGCUGCGGUGGAAACUGUGCCUGUUGCCUUCACAAUUGCAACGAGUGUCAGUGUGUCCCAAGCAAAGUUACUAAAAAAUAUCAUGAGGUCCUUCAGUUGAGACCAAAGAAUGGUGUCAGGGGAUUGCAUAAAUCUCUCACGGAUGUGGCCCUGGAGCACCAUGAGGAGUGUGACUGUGUAUGCAGAGGGAACUCUGGAGGAUAACCGCUUCGCCAUCUCCCAGAGCAGUACAGCUCCGUGGUUGAUUCUGUUGUAGAACUUACGCAUUAUCUUCAUCCAUAAUCUCAGUUGUUUGCUUCAGGGACCUUUCAUCUUCAGGAUUUACAGUGUGUUCUAAGAGGAGACACCAAACGGAAUUAGGAGUUGUGCAACAGCUCUUUUGAGAGGAGGCCCACAUGACAGGAGAAAAGUCUUCAGUCGUGGAAACAAAUUAAAUGUUGUAGAUCACUAGCUAGUUAGAGAGUUACCAUGCGCUUCCUCAGCUAGCUGUGUUCCGUAUUUCAAUUGUCAUGAUACGACUUAGGUUAAUGUCAGUACGGGAAAAACUGUGCAGAUGAGCACCUGAUUCUGUUGCCUUGCUUAACUCUAAAGCUCCAUGUUCUGGGCCUAAAAUCACAGAAAUCUGGAAUUUCUUCCCUAUAUUCACAUAUAUAAACCAGAGUGUUCUAUGUUCUACAAACUUGGUUUUUAAAAAGGACCUAUGUUGCUAUGAAUUAAACUUGUGUCAUGCUGAUAGGAAAGACUGGAUUUUCCAUAUUUCUUGUUAAAAUUUCUGCCAUUUAGAAGAAGAGAACUACAUUUAUGGUUUGGAAGAGACAAACCUGAAAAGAAGAGUGGCCUUACCUUCACUUUAUCUAUAAGUUGGUUUAUUUGUUUUAUUGUGUACAUUUUUAUAUUCUCCUUUUGACAUUAUAACUGUUUGCUUUUCUAAUCUUGUUAAAUAUAUCUAUUUUUACCAAAGGUAUUUAAUAUUCUUUUUUAUGACAACCUAGAUCAACUAUUUUUAGCUUGGUAAAUUUUUCUAAACAGAAUUGUUAUAGCCAGAGGAACAAAGAUGAUAUAAAAUAUUGUUGCUCUGACAAAAAUACAUGUAUUUCAUUCUCGUAUGGUGCUAGAGCUUAGAUGAAUCUGCAUUUUAAAAUAAUGAGGCAGGAGAUCAAUAGAAUUUGGUAAGUUGCAAAGACUUUUUGAAAAUAAAUUAUCAUAUCUUCCACUCCUGUUGUUGGAGAUGCAAAUUAAAAGUCACAUGUGAAAGUAGGCAUUCAGAUCAGUCAUUACUAACCCCUAAUCCUUAUUUUGGGAAAUGUGAGCCUAGCUCAGAAGAACAUAAAGCACCUUCAAAAAAAGAGACUUGACAGCUUCCUGACAAAGUGUGCUUUGCUGUCCUGUAGGAACACAUCCUAUUUAUUGUGAUGUUCUGGUUUUAUUAUCUUUGAACUCUGUUCCAUACACUUGUAUAAAUACAUGGAUAUUUUUAUGUACAGAAGUAUAUCCUUUAACCAGUUCACUUAUUGUACUCUUUGGCAAUUGAAAAGAAAAUCAGUAAAAUACUUUGCUUGUAAAAUGCUUAAUAUUGUGCCUAGGAUAUGUGGUGACUAUUUGAAUUAAAAAUGUAUUGAAUCACCAAAUAAAAGAAUGCGGCUAUUUUGGGGAGAAACUGAGUGUGCGUGUGCAAGAAUUGUCUUUUGAACUCCAAGAAAAUGAAAGCAAUAAAAUGUCGUGUUGCCAUGAUUUUCAUUAUGCAAAAGCCAGUGACAUUCAAAAGACAGGUAGAAAGCUAACAUUUCUGUUGAGGCCUCUCUGCCUCUUGUCUCCAGUGCUUUUGAGCAGUUAUUUUCUUUUUCCCGCUGGUCUUGAUACUGACUUCUGGUAAAUUAAAUUGCAAAUGACUUGAAAGUUGUAUGUCAUUUAUGAAAUGCUUAAUGAUAGCUAAUAUGGUAGCAUGAAAUUGGGGGAAAAAACUCACUUUCCAAUCAUGUCUUCAGUUCCAAUGGCGAAUGCUAAAUGGGGUGAGCGUAAAUUGAUUUGGCAUGUGGAUUCAUGUAUUUUACGUAUAACACUUCAAGAUGUGGAUCCACAGUUUCAGAUGUAGAUUUCUAUACCGGGCUGGUAUCUUCAGCACCCUAGUCCCUGCCUUUCAACUUGCCAGAGACAUCAAGGGCCCAGAGCCACACUGUCUUCAAGCUCAUCUUCUAGGCAAUACCCCUUUUGGAUACUUUCCUGUCAGUCCUACCCUGCCCCCAGCCACAUGAAGAACAAAUAAAUAAAAUGAACAUACAUGUUCUGUCUUACUGACUUAACGUUUUCAUCGUUUUGUCCCUGCCCUGUAGAGGCCUACUAGGUAUAUGGCUUCACUGUGCUCCUCUCAAAAUGCUAUGCACUGUCUUCCUCUUGGCAAUUUACAACUCAUUAGGAAAAACUCUACUAAAUCUUACAGUAAAUGACCUGUGUAACUGUGUUCAAUCCAGUGUUUCCAACCUUUGAAUGGAAUACCUUCUUUCCUUUUUUAUUUUUUUAAUAUUUAUUUUUUGUUUACUUAUAAAAUGUGGAAAGCCGAAAGAAAUCACUCUAUAAAGACAGCACUCCCACAUGCUGUUGCCAGUCCAUGAGUGGAAAGGGUGUGAGGCUUGUCUGCUUUAUACUUUCCCACUCAUACAUCUUCCUGUGCAUUUUACUAAAAAAAAAAAUCAAUCCAUUAAUGGCACAUGUGACCAUAAUUUCUCAGAAUUCCAGAAAGUAUUGACUGUAUUGACCACAAACUGUUUUGUAUGUGUUAUCUGUGAUGUGUGCCUUUGUCCCAAGAGAUGGACUGUUUUGCCUGUGAUUUUUAUUAAAAUAAAAGCUCAAGACUUAA